CCAGUUCUCACCACAUACAUGACAUACCCGAUUUAUUCUUCCCAGCGUCGGCGCCGCCGACCUUCUCACCACAAGAGGUCAAGAGCAAGCCUCGCCGGCGGCACCAGCGCCGACGAUACCUCUCCCUACUAGUUCUUGUCUCCGUCCCGACUCUUGAGCUUCUCGUCCCUCUUGACGUCACGCAUCACCAAGAGGCGAGAACUUCCCAGUAACGACGAUGACCCUUCCCCUGGCUUCCCUCGGCGGACGAGCAGAUUCUCACCUCCGCCGGCCUCCGUAUCCCGGCUCGCACCGCCGUUCUGGUACUCCCUCUCUCUUCAUGUCAACCUUUCCUCUCCCCGUUCCCGUUGCAGCUCCGCCAAGGCGGCGACCGACCAGGAACUCAGAAAGCUUUUUUGCAUCUGCUAAUAGAAAACGGCAACUUCAAGAUAUAUGGGAUUUAUGGAUUCGGGGGUAGUUUGCCCCUUCGAGCUCUUUGCCCCUUCGUGGGUUUUCUACUAUGCAUGGAAUCUAGAUAUUAGGUAUGCUUGGUGGAUUGAUUAGUUGAGAAUGGAUCAAGGGUCCGAAUUGAUUCGACUGCACAGGGGAUUGAGACCUCGGAGAUGAGCUUCGAUGGUCACUCUGCUUAUUUCAUCUUUGUUCUUAAUAUACUCAUGUUGUUGUGGCUGGUUGAGAUGGUGGUCACUCUGUUUCCAACUAUUUUCUUUCAUCUGCUUUAUAGGGUUGUAAUGAAUAUGUGAAAAAGAAGAUACAAUUUGCAAAAUGAAAUCAAAAGGCUCGCAGGGUUGUAAACUUGUAAUGAAUCUGUGAGUUUCUUGACUAUGGUUACGUUCUUAGUGUGACUGGUUUUAUGGUGAGUCUGUUUGUGAUGAAUGAAAUCAAAUACAUGAGAAGUGUUAGUCUAUAAUGCAAGGAUUGAUAUUCUGUAUCAUUAGCUAGCUAGAGAUAGUGUAAUGAGAUAAAGGGGAAAAGAGAAGGAUCAAGUGGGAGUGUGGUCAUCAGUAUAUUUGUUCUGUAGAGAGCUCCCUUCCCCUCUGUGGGUUUAUAAAAGAAACCUCAGCUAGCCUUGGGAUCGAAGCUAAGGCAUAUAUAACUAUACAUAUCUCUUAAACAAUCAUCACAAUUCACACACCCACCACAUAUAUAAUAAGGCAUCACAAUUCACACACCCACCACAUAUAUAAUAGGCUGCUGUGUCUCUUAGAUUUGGAUAGAUUGUCAAUGAAUGUUGCUGCCUUUUGCUUUGUGAUUCUCAUCAUUUUCCUCUACUGGGUUUGUGAGUUUGAGCCGUAAAGCAACCUCUGUUCAAUUUGUACAUUCUGUUUUCCCCCUUCAAUGUUGCUUUUGGUGUUGCAUCGAGGGUUGUUGGUAUUUGAGCUUUAUUGUGUUGUUGUGUCCUAAACUUGGCCUGGUUUAAUUUUCAAUUUAUGCUGGUGCAGGGGGUUAUUUGUGUGUUUACUUGGACUUAAGCUUACUUUCUUGUUAGGUCAAAUGGUUUCAGACUCCUUAUGCUAGUUAUAGGCACUGUAUCCGAGUUGAAUUGUCUAACUAUUGCUUCAAGGUAAGUUCAGAAAAGAAAGGGAGAAAAGGAAUAGUAGCAAGAACAACUAAUGUGCCUGCUGCUAACACAUAAAUAGAGUUCUGUCUUUCUGUUGUUUUUUUUUUGUGUCAUUAUGCUUUUAUGCCAUGUUCUCAUUUACUAGGUUGUUGUUUAGGCUGAGUGAUGAUGUUGGAAUGGAUUCAGAAGCAAUUUCUACUACUAUUGACAAUCAUAUUGUCCUUGUUGGUUCAGAAGCAAUUACUUUUAACUAGCAUCUCACUCCAUAUGUGAACAAUGAUUUGAAAUCUGUGCUUUCAGGUUGCUUGAACCUACACAGAAGCUGUCAAAUGUGAAAUAUUUGUUUGGAUCAAUUGCUGACCGCGACCUUGAGAAUGUGGAGACAUACCCAUUGGAGCUUCUAGAAGACGGUGUAGAUGGGUAGUCGAAGAAUGAAGUCCCUCGGUGUCUUGUAUAUGUAAUGGUUUCGAGAGGUUCAAAUUCUAGUGUUAAUGGAUUAGUCAACUUCUCAAUUUAGCAUUACUUUCUACUGGUAAUUGACUUAGUUGUGCAAACAGUUGUAGCAGCUAAGGCCUAAGGGGAUUGUAAUACCUACUGUGAAGGAACAGAAGGGGGUUCAUUCCAUUAUUAAGAGGCACUGAUGGGAUCUAUUUGCCACAUGAAUUAUUUCAAAUCUCCACAGCUGCAUUUUCAGCUGGGGUUCAUACGUGAUACGUAUCACCAGUUGUGUUCUUCUUUCUGCAUGAGGCAUGAUGAUCAUCAUUCUUUCACUCACGACAUAGCAGGGAUUUGGAACAGGGGAUCUUCUUUUGCAUUCUUUCAUUAUUGAUCGACGAAAAAACAAUAAGAAAUUUGCAGCUGUGGA